GCUCAACACCAUCUUCUUUCCCCUCCCUUUCUCUCCCCCGUCGGCUGAGGACAAGAAUGAGAGAGAAUGAGCCAGAGAGACACCCUGGUGCACUUGUUUGCUGGAGGAUGUGGGGGCACUGUGGGCGCUAUUCUGACAUGUCCCCUAGAAGUUGUGAAAACACGAUUGCAGUCUUCCUCUGUUACCUUGUAUAUCUCUGAAGUUCAUCUGAACACUUUGAAUGGUGCCAGCGUUAAUCGUGUAACUAGAGUUUCUCCGGGGCCUCUCCACUGUUUAAAGAUGAUCUUACAGAAGGAGGGUCCUCGCUCACUAUUUCGAGGACUAGGCCCUAACUUGGUAGGCGUGGCUCCAUCCAGAGCAAUAUAUUUUGCUGCUUACUCCAACUGCAAAGAAACAUUGAAUAAUAUUUUUGAGCCAGACUCUACCAAAGUACACAUGACCUCAGCUGGAGUGGCAGGUUUUACGGCAAUCACAGCCACCAAUCCAAUUUGGCUAGUAAAGACACGGUUACAACUUGAAGCAAGGAAUCGUGGGGAAAAGCGGAUGAGUGCUUUCGAAUGUGUGCGCAGAGUCUAUCGGUCAGAUGGAUUUAAAGGUUUUUAUAGAGGUAUGUCUGCAUCCUAUGCAGGCAUAUCAGAGACUGUUAUUCACUUUGUUAUAUAUGAGAGUAUUAAACGAAGGCUGUUGGAAUACAAGUCUGCUUCUGCUAUGGAUGAGGAGGAUGAAUCAGUGAAAGAAGCAUCGGACUUCGUUGGCAUGAUGAUGGCUGCAGCUACUUCCAAAACCUGUGCCACUUCUAUAGCUUAUCCUCACGAGGUUGUUCGAACAAGGCUACGAGAAGAAGGAACAAAAUACAGGUCUUUCUUCCAGACGCUAUCUUUGCUUGUGCGAGAAGAAGGCUAUGGCUCUUUGUAUCGUGGUCUAACAACACAUUUGGUUAGACAGAUUCCAAACACAGCUAUAAUGAUGGCUACCUAUGAAGUGGUAGUCUACUUGCUCAAUGGAUAGUAGUGCUACCAGCUAUCCCUAGGAUGAAGGAAGACCAAAAGCUUGCAGUGGACCAUGUACUCUUAGAAUGGGAGAUAGGUUUUUCUCCUAUUAAGAAAAAGCAGCUGUGGACAACAUGGGAAGCUGGUGGUAGGCAAUCAUGCUCAAUCAUGCUGCCUUAUCAUAUGGUAUCUUUGACAAUGCGAUAAUCAGAAGCUGCUCCCAAGGGAAUGCCUUCAAACGCCUCGUAUUUCAACAUUUUCUCCAGUUGUCUCAACUUUCCUAAUGCAGUGCAGUGGGCCUCAGGACUUCUUUGUGAGUACAGAGGGUCAUAAUGCGUGUUCCUUUUGCAAGGCAUGCUACACUUUCGAGUGAGCUUGUGUCAGUUUUGAAGCUGGUUCAUAGAUCACUUGUAUGUGAAACUCAGUUUUGCAGUUAAAAAUAAAAUGAAUGAUUCACAUUAAGCUGCCCAUUUUACUAUCUCAGGGGCUCUGACAGGGAGACCUAGGUUUUGCAGGGGGGGGAAGUGGCCUUCAUUUGCACAGUUGGGGGGGGCAGGUAGAAAAAGAUGGGGGGAUUUCUUUUCAGUGAAGUUCCAGUUUCAAUAAUACUGGAGUCUGGAAUUCCUGGUGCUGGAGAGGCACAUUGUUUUAAUAGCCCUGAGCAUUUACUCCCUGUGGGAACACAGCCUUAAGACGAUCCACCUGAAAUUGAAACUGAUCACAUCUCUUUCUCUCUUGGGCACACUUGUGCUCAUAAAUCCCAUUGAUUUCAAUGGAACUUAAACACUUUCGUGUUAUGGAUUAUGGCCUUGUUGAGUAAGGCAACAGUAUCUACUAGCAAACUGAAUGCUAGGCUUUUGGUAUGUCGGAAGGCUUGGCGUGCCUCUUUAAAUCCCUGAGAACCAAUGAAACAGUGUGUACUUAAAGGGCAGGUUAUCAAGUGUUCAGCCACUCAGCAUUACACUAGCUCUGAACAAGCUUUAUUGAUGGCUUGUUCCUGCACUAUUUAAUGUAAAACUACAAUAACUAGAGUACCCAAACGCCACUGCAUUUAGAGAAUGCAUAGGGUUCAUUU